AUGCUUACAAAACCCAGUGAUUGUUCGGCGGCGGGUGAAGGAGAUGAAACGCUGGUUCAGUCUGCUGAUGCCGGGGCGUUCAUUCAUGAAGCCUCUGUGCUUUUCACACCAGACACUAGAAGCCUGGGUGUUAAUGAAAAAGACACUGAAACGAAUAACGGAGCUGUAACCCAACGGAACGUCGCCAGUGAACUCUCCGUAAACUCUAACACCGGUAAUGCUAGCAUAGCAUCUGAAACUGAGAGCAAGGAUCGGGGUCCCAGAAUUACCAAGAAGUUUUUACGUGAUCACUGUAAGCAGAACAAACUGUACAUGACUCCAUGGUUGAAUGACACACUUUACCUUCACUUCAAAGGCUUCUCUGUAAUAGAGGGUUUAGAGGAGUACACAGGAUUGCGCUGUCUGUGGUUGGAAUGUAAUGGAAUUCAAAGGAUAGAGAAUCUGAAGAAUCAGACAGAGCUUCGCUGCCUGUUUCUCCAUCAGAACCUCAUUCAUACUUUGGAGAACCUAGAACCACUCUGCAAACUCAACACUCUGAAUGUUUCACACAACUACAUCAAGGUCAUUCAAAAUAUCUCUUGCCUGACUGAGCUUAGUACGCUGCAAAUAUCCCACAAUUCACUGGAGACCGUGUGUGAUGUGGAGCAGCUUUCCCUCUGUCCCUCCAUCAGUGUUCUGGACUUGUCGCACAACCGUCUUAAUCAUCCAGACCUCAUCAGCGUACUGGAAAAGAUGCCAAAUCUGAGGGUACUGAAUCUGAUGGGUAAUGAAGUGAUUAAGAAAAUCCCAAACUACAGGAAGACUCUGAUUAUUCGUCUGAAGCAGCUGACCUAUCUGGAUGACCGGCCGGUGUUUCCAAAAGAGAGGGCAUGUGCAGAGGCCUGGGCCUCAGGGGGUUUGGAAGGAGAGCGGAAGGAGAGGGAAUUAUGGCAAACUCGGGAAAGAAGAAAGAUCCAGGAGAGUUUGGAUGCUAUGAUGAAAAUUAAGGAGAGAGCCCAGCAGAGACGGCAAGCAACAGAACAACAGGAGAGAGGUAUACACUUGCAAUGUCACACACUGGACAUAGAGGAGCAGAAGUGCCCUCAUGAGAACAUCAGUGAAGACCAGAACUUCCAUUCUUCAUCUGACAAAGAGCAAAGUUGUCCGUCAUCAUCUGAGAAAGGGCAAACCGUCCAAUCAGCACCGGAGAUGGGGCAGACUCCCCAGUCAGUAUCAGCUAAGGACCUGAUUCUCCAGUCAACAGAGAGAACACAGAUUUUCCAAUCAGCGUCAGAGACAACACCUCAUUUGGCCUCAGAAAAGCAGAAAGAGAAGUGCACUGAGGCAGAGCCAUCAGUGUCUGACCCAGGGUCAGUGGGUUCUACCCUAAUGGCUGGCCAGGGUGCUCUAAUCACUGAACUGGAACCAGAGGAGCAGAUAGAAACUCUUGUUUUGCCUGAUCCCCCUAGGCUGACAAUCAGCGACCUGCCAGACUUGGAGGAGCUGGACAGCAAUCAGACUUAUAAUACUGUUUUCCGUCCAAAAAUCGAGAUUAUCUCGCCCAACGACAGCGAUUCGGACGUGGAUGUACCUACGUCUGCAGAGGAUGUGUCCAGUUUGAAAUAUUCUAGAACAGGCAGUCCUGACCAGACUGAGCUCUUCAUCAGCAUUUCCUCCAAAAACAUGUUAAUUGGACAGGAGGCAGCUGUGGACCCAGAGGCAGGUGAUGCCAGGCCUGUAGGACAGGAGGCUAAAAAGAAAUGUCUGAUUGAAGAGUUGGAUUAA